AUGGGACAGCGAGUGACAAAAGUGAGUCCGAUGAAGUUUGGGGAGGUGUACGAUCAACAUCCUAGUACACCCCCAAAACCCAGCACCAACACGGAGCUUCAACAUCCUCAUCCCCGCGAUGAGAGCCCUGUUGACGCUUCUCUCAGUGUUUCAAAGUUUGUGUUGUUUUAUCUUUUAACAGACUACAUCUUCAGUCGCUACACCAUUGGUGAUCAGCUGGGGAAAGGUGGUUGUGGGGUGGUGUACGAAGGCAGACGUUUAAAUGAUGAUCUUAAAGUGGCUUUGAAAUAUGUCAUGAAGACCCAGCACACAGAAAGUAUAUUCAUUCCUGAUCAUCCGAAACCUCUUCCGAAAGAGAUCGCCCUCACCAUCCUGGCCAACAAAGGUCCCAGCGUACCAGAAAUCAUCCGGCUGCUGGACUGGACGGACCACCCUGACCACUUCGUCAUGGUCCUCGAAUGUCCCUCUCCCUGUGAGAGUCUCGUGGGGUUCAUCAGGCGUCACGGUGGAAGACUCGAGGAAGAAACAACACGGCAGAUCAUGUGGCAGACGGCUCACGCAGCAAACGUGUGCCACCUCCGUGGAGUGUUCCACCGUGACGUCAAACUUGACAAUCUCUUGAUAAACAGGGAGACAUCCGAAGUCAAGCUGAUUGACUUCGGAUGCGGGGACAUUCUGAGGAGGACACCAUACAGGUCAUAUUCUGGCACAGCAGUGUACUCCCCUCCAGAGUACCACAACAGGGGCAAGUACUACGGUGGGCCGGCAACGGUCUGGUCACUAGGGAUUGUGAUGUUUGCAAUGUUGUGUGGACGCUUCCCUAGUGACCUUGACCUGUUCCUCCUGCAGUGCAAGCGCUGGCCCAAACCUGGCCUGUCAAAAGAAUGCGGUGACCUCCUCAGGGCUCUCCUCCAUGAGAAGCCAAGCCGGAGAAUAGGUCUGGGGCGAAUCAUGUCCCACAGCUGGUCAUCUCAUAAGACCACUCCAGCUGGUGUCUCUUGUGCAGCUUUGCGUCUUGCGGGCUGCAGCAGGAGACACUUCCAUCCCUCCUCUCGCCUUUGCGUCUUGCGGGGCGAGAAAGCCUUGCGUAGCGUCUUGCACCUUGGCUUCAGGAAGCAGUAUUUGCGUCUGGCGCUUCCUGCCUCCGCUGUCCAAAUGCAAGAGUCUCCGUUGUCUCUCCUGUUCUCUGCCAUCCAGAAAGCCAAAGAUACCAAAGAGGUUCCCUCUAUGGCUGCUCCGCACCUGUCAUAG